CUUGAGAUCUGCGCGGAAGAAAUGCCGGUGCGGAGUUUUAGUGAGAGUAUUUAAUUUGGCUAUCAGCAUGCCUUAUCGACUAAUUAGUGGUAAGUUCAAGACCAGGAAGUUCUCGGUGAUGCGUACGGUGAUUCGGCUGUAAAGCGCCAUGGAUGAUGGAACCAAAGAGCGAAGAUAAAUCCGGUAGUUUGCCUGAUUUUGCUUGCGACAACGGUUUAAACGCAGAACCGAAACCACAGCGUGCUUGUUUCGCUCGUAAAAAGCGAACUCGUACUACCUCGUGGAGUGAAUUUCCGGGCCCAAAAGAAGCAGCUGAUCUGUGCACAGAGUCGAAAAGAUCGAAACAAUAGUUGAGCGCAGUUGGCCAAAAGCCACACGGACGGGGUCGGUCUCUAUAUCUACUUGCGAAUGCCCUCGGAGAGUACACAAAAUGACGAACGAAUCCGGUAACCAACUAUACCGCGAUGCGAUUAAAGCGAUAGAAACAUUUUUACUGGGAAUGAGUUUUCGUCUGCCGGAAGUAUACAGCGAUAUUGAACGUAUAAGAGCAGCACUAAGUGAAAACAAGAAGCUACCCAACUCUCGUCAGCUCGACAGCGGCGUAAGUAAAGCCAUUUCAUCCAACGUCGAAGCAGCAGUGGAAUGUGGCAAAGCAAUGAGGUGUUUCGAUGGCAGUAAGACGCUUGAAAAUGCGGAAAAGCUGCUGCAAACAAUGCUGCACAACUGCAAGCUUGUUCAAGGCUGUAUUCAAACAUUGCCCUCUGAUACGAUGGAUUCAUCACGAAUCGAAGAAGUUGGUACUCGCUUAGCACAUGUAGGCGAAGGAGCACAGCUAACGCACGUGUUGUUAGUAGAAGUAACGGAGCUUGCGAUGGCAUCGAAUGCAUACUAUCUUGGUGGAAGGACGCUAAUCGUACCAUCAGCCCCAAAAGGUUUGGCAGACGAUAUGACAAUGUAUUGUGCGUUAAUUUCUUCCGAAUACAGCAAAGCUAACGAAAAGCGGCCCGGUUCAAAAUUUGACCUCUCGUGGCCUCGGUUUGAAUUGCCUGCUAUAGAGCCCAACGUUAGAUCACUUCAGUUGUAGGAAUAGCUGAUGUUUUAAGAAAAUCAAGCCUUGAAUUAUUGCUUACACCACUCUGUUGUAUAUAACCGUUACACAAAAUAAUAGAAAGUGAAUAUUGACAGUAAAAAAAAACCAUUUAAGAUAAG